UUCAAACGCUUCAAUUUUUUUCAGCUCAGAAGAAAAAAGAAUCUUCAUCGACCCUCUGAUGAGGGAAGCAUUAGGUUCUCCGACAACUGCAAGAAACCAUUGUAUUAGGAAGAGUGGUAAUGGAGAGUCCAUACUCUGCACCGCCGCAUUUGGAUGCGUCUCGGCCGUCAUUGGGCUUCCCUCUCGGCACCGCCCUCCUCUUGAUCGUAAUCUUCAGCUUGAGCGGCGUCUUUUCCUGCUGCUACCACUGGGACAAGGUCCGAUCCCUCCGGCGAUCAUUCUCCGACGGUACCGCUGCCGACGGUGAUGGCGGGCCCCACAAACCCACUACUGAUUCACAAGCGGACUUAAAGCAAAACAGGAGCCUGACUCUGCCGGUAGUAAUGCCGGGAGAUCAAGUGGCGAAGUUCUUAGCUCUGCCUUGUCCACGUCACCCGCUUCAUCCGGAGAAGAUUGUGGUGGAAGUGCAGACGCCGCCGUCGCCGCCGUACAAACCUUUUGUCCGUGGAGUCGAAUCAGUGCCUUUCUAUUAGAUUACUUGAUGAUCGAAAUGCAACUGGAAAUCAGGAAAGUUAUUUAUUUAGGUUUGGAUUUUUGAAGAAUCAGGAAAAUAUAUCAGUAUGCGGUUGUUGCCUUGUUGGUGGAGAGGUCUCUGUUAUUAGCUUUCGUUGUUUACUCUGUUCAUUAGUCGCCUAGAUUUGAAGGAAGCACUGUACAUACGAAUAUCAUUCUUACUCUUCCUUCCUCGUCAAUUCCUUCUAUUAAUGGUACUGUACUGGUUAAUCUUCUUAUAUCAACAAAGUUAUAAAAAUUUCCUUGAAAUU